CAAAGCCUCCUUUCGCUAUAAAUUCUUAGAUUUGUAGGAUUGUCAUACUCACAUUCAACAAAGCUUGAAUUGCAUUAGAAUUCCCCAUUCUACUCGCUACAUCCAAAGUCUGUAAUAACUCAAAGAUGGCAGCUGGACUUGCUAUUGGCCUUGCCAACGCUGUGGUGGGAAAGCUUGGCGAGAUUGCAGCACAACAAGCAUGGGAUGAGGCAUCUCUGCUGCUCAACUUCAAAAAUGAUUUUAAAUGGUUGGAGAAGAAGCUCAGACAGACAUCUUCUUCUCUACAAGCUGCCGAUGAGCAGAGUGAGCAAAAUAAAGAGGUGAAAGAAUGGCUGGCAGAAGUGAGGAAUGUUGCUCUUGAUGCCCAAGAUAUAAUUGAUGAGUGUGCCGUUGAGCAUUUGUAUACAAAUACCAAUCAGUCAUGUGUGUGCAAUCGUAGUCAAUUAGUCUUUCGGUAUAAGAUGGGGAAGAGGAUUAAAGACAUCAAAGAUAGGAUUAGAUCUGCAAUUCAAGAGGCACAGGAGCUCAAGCUUUUCCACGAUGUGACCCAUAUGAGUCAGCCCUCAACUAGUGGAUCUGAAAGAGAAAGAGAAAGAGAAGCAGAGUCGAGAAGACGGAGUAUGUUGGAGAAAGAUGCUCCAGCAGUGGCAGUAGAGCACAAGGUGGAGGAAAUUCUGAGAUUGUUAGACAAUCCUGCUGUUGGGGUUGUUGCCGUCGUGGGAAUGGGAGGGGUGGGUAAAACAUUCCUUCUGCGGCAUGUCUACGACAGAACAAAACAUAGGUAUGAGUGCUCUGCCUGGAUUUCUGUUUCACAGACUUGUUCUCUUAGAAGUUUGCAAUGUGACCUGGCCUUCCAAAUUAAUUUACAAAUAGACAGUAGUAUAAGUGAUUGGCUAGCAGCUGAAUUGAUACAUGGCAAGUUAGAGGGCAAAAUAUGUUUGAUUGUUUUUGAUGACGUCUGGAGUUCUAGUGUAGAAGGUAACUUGAUAUUAUUAAGACUUGGGCUUCCCACUGGCCGGAAUAACCAGUGUAAAGCAAUGGUCACCACUAGAAGUAGAGAUGUUGCUGAAAAAAUGAAUGCCCACGUCUAUGAGAUGGAACACCUCUCGAAAGAUGAGAGUUGGGAUCUAUUUUGCCAGUAUGCUUUCCCGGAGCGUGAGGGAAAUAGGCCGCCUGAGCUGCUGGAUAGGUUGGCUCAUCAAAUUGUAGAAGAGUGUGGGAGGUUGCCACUGGCCGUAAAGACAGUUGCAGCAUCGAUGGCCAAGUCUCCCCUCACAUCAUAUUGGGAGGCAAAAUUGGGGCAGUUGAAAAAGGUAGGAAAAGGAGAAGACUCCAUCAUGAAGAUUUUAAAGCUGAGUUAUGACUCUCUUCCUCCCUAUCUGAGAUGCUGCUUUGCUUAUUUUUCAUUCUUUCAAGAGGACAUAGAUAUUUCGCUUUCUACUUUUCAUAUUGAUACAGCUAUACACAAGGACAUUGUGAUAUAUUUAUGGAUAGCGGAAGGAUUUAUUCCGCAAGAAGAGGAGAGAGAACAGUGGGAUAUUGGUCUCAAUUAUCUCCACCAACUGGAAAAUUUAUGUUUGUUGGAAGUAGACAGGGUUUUUAAUUGUUACACUGUACAUGACUUGUUGUUUGAUUUGGUUGUAAAUAUUUGUAAAGAAAACGGGUGUGAAUUUGAUCUUCCCUUGAAAGAAACAAGUUGCCGCAGGUUAUUACUGGCUAACAAGGGUUUAGAUACUAAUGUAAUUUCUGAAAGGCCUCUUCUUUGUAAGCGAUAUCUCCGCUCAUUGUCAUUCUCUGAGAAUCCUAACAUUACAAGUAUUCCAGAACAGUUGCUUGAUCAUGUGAGAGUUCUCCGGAUAAUUGAUUUCAGCCGCACUGCCAUCUCCACUUUGCCAAAUUGUGUGGGGAAUUUGAAACUUCUUAGGGUCUUGAAUUUGUCGCGUACACAGAUCAGUGAGGUGCCGGAUUGUGUAAGAAGACUUAAGAGUCUUCAGUUUCUUGAUUUUUCUUAUUGCAAAUUGCUAGGACAUCUACCUGACUGGAUAGGUGAGCUCAAAUGUCUUUCCCAUCUCAGUGUAUGAUGGUG